AUGGCAGGGAACAGGUGCGGGGCGUGCGAGCAGGAGCUGGAGUCAGACAACCUACUGAGAAUCCAUCUGUAUCGCAAUGACACGUGCAGGGACACGCUGCUCGAGAGGCUCGAGAGUAGGGCGGUGGAGGCGUUGGCGGAGGCUUUGGCCGAGGUGAGAAAUAGCUCGCAUCAUUCGGACAGUGAGUCAGUCCCGGGCAGCCUCCACUCCGCCGAAUCGCUGUUCAGAUAUUUGAGAGAGUUUCCCGAGCACGCGGAUUUUGUGCGCGGGUACGUGUCGACGUCGGACGAUGGAUCUGUAUCCACAGUUGGCGACCUGUUCAACACCCUGAACGAGCUGUACCUGUUCUUCAAGGACGCUGAUUUGUCGGACAGAGAAAUAAAUAGAGUGUUGCACAUAUUCAACCACCCGGGAUACGAUCCUGCAGCGGUUCGGCGCUGGCAGAACAUCGCCGACGUGAGGCGGUUUGGGGAGGAACACGCGCCGGACGACAUGGUGCCGUGGCUCAAGGCAGAGAUUGAGGUGCGGGGCCCCGGAGGAAGGUCUCAGAUGCUGGAACUACUGUACAAGGACACCAAGUUGGCGGAACUGCCGGAGGAGGAUUCUAUGGUGCUGGGUGUCAUCUCGUACAGCGACAGCACUUACGCGUCGGGGAACGGACGCCUACAGGCAUGGCCAAUGUUGAUGGGUGGUCAAUGUCCCGGAGGAGUUACGGUGGCCCGCAAGUUUGGCGUGAAGGGCGAGACAAGGAGUGUCUUGGUGCGCAUCCCGGGUGGCUCCACCUUUUUCCGCAGCGGGGCGAAUUACGCGGCGUUCGAGUAUCGUGGCAUGAUGCAGGUUUUCCCUAUUGUCAUUUCCGACCUGUGUGUGGGGCGCUCUGCGGAGGAAAGGGACCAGAGGGAUAAGGAGGUUCGUGCCUUCCGCUACUAUGCGGUCUUCUACAAGUCCCUGCUGGCUGGCACCGUGAAGGGCCCCGUGCGCGGAAGCAACUGGAAAGACAUACCAAGGAGGAUUGUCGAGGAGGAGAUGCAACGCGAGAUCACUCGGGAGAUUGCAGCACUGUCAGGAGGAGGGAGAACUUACUACACCGCCCUGCGAGAGGCUGUCCGCAGCAUGAAGCCCGCGCUGACCCGCACCAGCAAGGCCAUGUGUCUCAUGACGGCAGACGAUCCACUGCGGAUGCUGUACAGGGAGACGGUGGGCAGCGAGUUUGACAACAUGGCGACACUCAUGGCCGCGGAAGGCCUUCAGACUUCACGUGUGUUGGUGCACACCGCAGUGGCCAUCCCUAGCACGAAAGGGGGGUACUUGGUUCCGAAGGCGAUGUUCGUGAAAGCAAGCCCGAAGGAGUACUGGUUCACCGACAUUGCAAUACCGGGAGAGAGGGAGGAGGAGGAGGAGGAGGAGGAGGAGGAGGAGGAGGAGGAGGAGGAGGAGGAGGAGGAGGAGGAGGAGGAGGAGGAGUGGUGGUAUGCGCGGUGUCUCUGUAUUUUCAGGGCGGUGAACUACAGCGGGGAGGAAGGUGCAUAUGUAUUCGUGAAGUAUUACGAGGAGGAGGGGGUGUGUCCCCAGACACUUUGCCCCCAACUGGUGCCGGGGCGGAAGGAUGCCACGCACGGGAUCAUUGAAGUUGCAUCGAUCGAGCGCAUUGUCCACGUGUGCAAGUCCUUUACCAAUCCUAGAGCCCACCACCCCAUCGACCUGGUUUACAACGAACUACACCCGCAGUGGAACAAGAGCGUGGCCUACUUUCUGCGCUGGCGCCGCCUCAGGUCCCUCGUGCUCACCUUCACGCACUUCAAGCAGCUCGACACCCUUGACUCGCCGUUCCGUUGGCCCUUCGCCUCCCUCACCUCUCUCAGUCUCAAGCUCCGCGGCACUGUCGACAAAUCCUACAUGUUUGACGACGUCGAGAAGGAUGAUGAGGACGAAGUGGAGCAGAACUCCUGGGACCAUUCCUUUGACUGCCCACGUCUGCAGCGGCUGAAGCUCAGCCGGGGCAAGUGGAAUCUGCAGCACGGCUGGGCUGAGGGGUACAAGGCGCUGCGCAGCUUGACUCUCAAGCACAUGGAUUGGCGCUACGUGGACCUUAAAGAACUUGGCACGGUCACACCGCGGCUGACGGAAUUCACGCUCUAUCAUAGCUGGGAUCUGGACCGCCCGUCCUGA